UCAUUAGGGUCGCGGGGGCAUGCUGGAGCCUAUCCCAGCUGACUUCAGGCGACAGGCGGGGUACACCCUGCAUCACACAAAAAUACGUGAGCAUUACACAAUAUCUCUAAUGCUAAUUUACAUAAAUUUAAGACUUAUACAAUCGGAAACAUUAUGCUAAUUAGCAUAAUACAUGGUAAUUGCACAAUAAGUAACAUUAUGCUAAUUAGCAUUUAAGUGCAUGCUUGUCUCACCUCAAGACCACACCGGAUGUCUCAUGAACAAGGUCUAGUCUGCAGUUUUUUUGGCCAAGCCUAUUGUUGGUCUAAGGCAGUGGUUCUCAAUUAUUUUCUGUCAUGCCACCCCUAAGGGACAGGAAUGUUUUCACGCCCCCUUUGACCCCCCACGAUUUGAAAUACUAUUGAGAAACUGAUGAUCUGUACUGUACAGACUAAACUUGAAACAAACCAGGAAAAUGCAAGAAAAUGGAGAGCUGUGAAGCAUACUAGUGUACUCAAGAGUCAAAUUGCAUGUUGUGUAUGAUACAUUUGUACACGUUGGUAGGUCUGCCCCUUUAUUUGGAGAAGCACUGGUCUAAGGUCUGAGUCAAGUCUCAAGUAUUUGAGCUUGGGUCUAACCCCAAGUUGCAAGUCUUUCAGUAGAGUUACAUCGUGACUCUUUGGCUCUAAUCAGGAGUCGAUUUAAGUCCUGAGUCUGAAUCAGUUGAUACUGUGAAUCCAGGCCCACACUAGUACUGAAUAUACUUAGUGUAUAUACUGAGUGUACUUUUGACUUUGUGGAAUAUUUGGUUGAUUUAAGUCCUGGGUCUAGUCUGCAGUGAUUUGGUUCAAGUAUAUUCGUGGGCUCAAGUCAGGCCUGAGUCAAGUCUCAAGACUUUGAGCUCAGAUCUAAGCUCAAUUUGCAAGUCAUUUGGAUUCAGUUUAGUUUCUGAGUGAAAGAUCAAGUAAACCUUGAUUCCUUGUCCGGAGUCAGAGUCAGGACUUAAGUCUGAGUCAGUUCCCUGAAAUAAAUCCAGGCCCAGUUUCUAGUACUGGAUAUGGGUCUCAAUUUUCAAGCUUGUGUUCUUGCUUCAGUCUGAUUCCAGUCAUAGACAUCUUGUCAAUCAUGAAAAAAGUUGCAAGUCUUGCAAGGUUAUUUUGACGAGUAAUGUUUCCCUAUUGUUGUAUUUGUUACUAUUACACUAGGCGGCAGUUAUUUUUAACAACUCAGAGUAGCACCACUGAUUGUACAACACAUUCAGGUUAGGCACCUAUGAUUGUGAUUGUGCAUGACAAAUUGUGGUUUGAGGUUGACGACGCAAUAGCUGGGAUGUAAAUGUUCAACUCCUAACUAGCCCACAGGGUGAAUGAUCAAAAUGAAAUAGUCUGUUGUGUUUUUACAGUAACAAUGCUUUUAGCCCACAGUGACAAUGUAACUGCGUUAGAUUUGGGGUCUCAAAAACACAAUAUGGAAAUAAGGAAGAAAAAAAACAGCAGUAAAAGUGUGAGGUGCUGCAGGCGGUGUGAAAAGAUUAAAAGAUUACCAAUGGAAUCUGCCACAAACCAUGCUAAUAGGCUUUAAACUCAUAGAGGAAAAGUGAAUACAUAUGCGACUGGAGCCUUGAGGGACGCGAUAAAAUGUACAUGUACGUAGAAUAAGUCAAGAUAAAUAAUAAAAUAGAAAUAGAAAAUGAAACAGAAUUUCAUACGGCAUUUCUUUCACAAAGAAACAAACUGAAUGUGUUCUACUCUGACCGUUCAAAUAUUUUCUUUAUUUUGAAAUUACAAACCGGAUAUUUUCCUUUUUUGAAGUAUGGAAUUGGUUUGUUGGAAUGGCAGUGUAAUGGAACAUUGCAGGGAUGUACGUGUCAAUGUGGUUAAGGCUUUACUCUCAGUCGUAGAUUUGGAUAAGGGUAUUUAACGUAGCUCAAAUGUUUGUUGAGGUGUGUGCUUUAGCGGGGUUUUAUUUUGAAGUUCCGACUUGAAGCGGCCCGUCUACAGUUGUAUUUCGGGGAACUGAGUUAACAAUGUGUACGUGGUAGCUAUAGUCAUAACUUCUUUCUGGACCUUGCGGAGUUUUAACAGUUUUAACAUCAAAAAGACGGACUACAAGCAGUAAAAGCAACCAGGCCGGAAUUCCACGAUGGCUCCUCGUGGACAGGAGUCGGUGAAAAGAAGCGGCGGAGUUCGUGGCGGCUCGGUUCUAAACUUUCGGGGGACGGCGAGCCCGAGCUCGGUUCGUCGCAGCUCCGCUGUGCUGCCGUCGGUGCUGACGUUUCUGGUUAUCGUAGCAUCCGGAGGCCUGCUGGUAAUGAUCGAGAAAGGAAUGCUCAACGGCGUGGAGACGCCUCCACCCCGGGGGAGCAGCAAAAGGCUGAAUUUCAUCCGGCAGACGGGGCAACACGACCGUGCUGCUGUGGACGGGGAGUCCCAGAUCCUCCAGGAGAUCAGGAACCGCACCAUCAGGACCAUGUGCAACCAGAAGAACAUGCCCCACAAUGUGUGGUCCUUGCCACUCCUGCAGAGGAAGACCUUGCUGCAGCACGUGCUGGUGAACGACGAGUACCGCUUCCUCUACUGCUACGUCCCCAAGGUGGCCUGCUCCAACUGGAAAAAAGUCCUCAAGGUCCUGAGCGGGGCGCUGGAGAGCGUGGACGUCAGUGUGAAGAUGGACCACAAGAACGACCUGCUUUUUUUGUCGUCCAUGAAACCAGAGGAGAUCCGCUACCGCCUCAAGCACUACUUCAAGUUCAUGUUUGUGCGUGAGCCCAUGGAACGCCUGCUGUCCGCCUACAGGAACAAGUUCGGAGAGAUCGAGUCCUACCAGAAAAAGUACGGCGUUGAGAUCAUCAAACGCUACAGGAAGGGCCGCAAUAAUAACUCGCUGAUAACCGGAGAUGAUGUCACCUUCGCAGAGUUUGUCCGUUACUUGCUGGAUGAGGACGUGGAGCGCAUGAACGAGCACUGGAUGCCCAUGUACAACCUGUGCCAGCCUUGCGCCCUCCCCUACGACUUCAUCGGCUCCUACGAACACCUGGAAAGUGAUGCAGAGUUUGUGCUCCAACGAAUUGGGGCUCCCUCGCACGUGCGCUUUCCAGAGAGGCAGUCAUGGUACAAGCCCGUCACCUCAGAGACACUACACUAUUACCUGUGCAGCCUGCCACAGAAGCUGCUGAGGGAACUCCUUCCAAAGUACAUUCUAGACUUCUCCCUCUUCACUUAUCCCCUCCCCAACACAACUACUGAGCAUUGCCGGCAUUAAAAAAAGGCACUGUAGCAGUGUUUGUUUAACAAAACAAACAAAAAAAAAGAGAGACUAAGUUGUACUAUAUUUUUUUACUUCACGGGGACUGGACUGGGGAUGCCCCGUGACUGUGGACUGGUUUAAAACAUGCUUGUGGAUUAUUUUCAACUCAUCUUAAGUUACAGACCGUUUUAAUACACCCGAUGCAGCUUUGCUUCGCUGGUUACCAUGCCAGAAGCCUGGCUCUUUAGCGCCACCCAGAUGAUUCAGUUCACAUUCCAAUUGAGGGUAUGAUGUGCCAUCUUUGCCACAUCAUUAGAAACAUUUCAGUAGAGGCAGGGGGACCUUAAAAACAAAGUAAUGGGGAAUUGUUUUUCAACGGGAGUGAGGCUUAGUUCCUUGCUCAAUGCCACUUUGUGCUCUAAGCUUGUCCCAAAUUCCAAGGUGUCCAAAGCCAUGUCUUAAUAGACAGAGCUACUGCCACCCUUAUCAGUAAACCUAAUAUAAUCAUUUAGUGGGCUACUGUUAGGAUGUGUCGACAGUUACUUAUUAAGAUUCAGCAAGAGCUCCAUGCUCCUCAACAUGAUGGAAGACCUUAUAUGCGGAUGCCUUCAUUUGAGAUCAAUCCUGGAAGGUCACACGUCUGGAAAACAAAAAGACAAGAUAUAUUAGGUUUGGUGUGAUUUGAAAACUAAAGAAAUCCCUUAGAUGAGUCAUCUCUCAGGUUCACCACAACAAUCCUAUCACCACAUCUCAUAUCAGAAUGCGCUCAAGGCAUUAGUCAUGUGACUCACUGCUCGGGGCGUUCUGCUGUAGUUCUCGUUUUCAGGCUGUUCGUCUCGGUCUGAUGCUGACAGACCCGACCCUGAAGGUGGGACACCUGCCUCCUGUGGCCGCAGUCGCCACUGACAAGAUACAAAACAAUAUUUUAAUUUUAAGUGAGCCUUACAUUCACGUUCAUGGUUUUAUCAUUUUCCAGGGCGGCCUGGGCGUAGGGUGGGCUGUUAAUUGGAAGCAGGCUGAGCAGGAAAAAAAAGAUUAGAGUAUCACUGAAAAGGUUUUUGAAUUCAGGAGUUCAAUUCAGACACCCGUUAAAGGAUCAGGAAGUUUUUGUGGUUCAUUUGCUGAUUAGAGUGUGAACCACCAGUUGACAAUAUUCAACUUUUUGACAAUUUUUCAAAUGUUAUGACACAGUUGAUUGUGGUUUUAUUAGCCGUAAGCUAUAAUCAUCAAAAUUAUUAAGAAAUAAAAAUAUACACUCUUGAAAUAUUUUACUGUGUGUGUAGGGAAUCUAUAGAAUACAAGACUUUCACUUUUUGAAUUGAACUACUGAAAUAAAUUCAUUUAUUAUUAUAAUUUAUAUCUUUUAAUUUAUUGAGCUGCAUAACAACUUCAUUUUUAAUAAUGAUUUGGAGUUCAUGAGAAAGGGGAAAAGAAAACACAGCUGUCUUUGACCGUCAUUUUUUUUUUAAACAGCCUGUAUGCAACUCGCUCCGUAUUUUUUUAAACCAACAAAUACUUGUAUAACACCACCGCACUAUAUGUUAUCAAAAGUUGUUUAAAAGAACAGAUUGUACAAAAAAGUCCAUAUUUUUCACAAUUAAA